AUGAAACCGCCUAUUUCGGUAGCUUGGCUACUGACGAUGGUGCAGGCAGCUGUGCCGUUGGUGAACUGUGGACCUUACCCGUACGCUCGGAACGCUGCCCGUUCCUACUACAACCCGAAUGGGUUCUUCCAGUUUACGGACAAAACCCAUCACCGAUUCUACAACUUCUACGAGCGUGUCACCGAGCAACCGCGGUCCAGUAAACUGGUCGAAACCAACGAAAUCUGGAAUGAACCAUCGAGCUCGCAGAGCCCCUUCUCCUACCGCGAGGAAGACGACUUCGGCCCUUCGAACUGGGGUGCGCUAAAUGCCAGCUGCAACGGUAUGUUCCAAAGCCCAAUCAACCUCGUGGCUAAUCGGUCUCAGAUCGUACGAAAGAAGCGUCCACUGGCGCUGGAAGGUGCACGGAAUAUCCCCCUCAGUAUGGAAGUGCUCAACGAAGGUGGAACGGCGGCUUUCUUUCCCACGUUCCGGACUGGCGAGCAACCGCGGCUUCGAGGUGGACCACUCCGAGGGGAGUAUUUGUUCUACCAGUUUCACUACCAUCUUGGAUCGGAGCACACCUUCGAUAGGAAGCGAUAUUCGGCCGAAAUGCACCUGGUGUUCUACGAUGGGUUGUACGAAUCGUUCAAAGCUGCUCGCGAUCAGCCAAACGGAGUUGUCGUGAUUGCCCUGGUUUUUGAAGUGCUGAAGAGUCGACGGAUCGAUUCGUUGAACAUGUGGACGCGGUAUUUGCCCAAGGUGGUCGGGGAAGGAAGCGAGUACAGCAUUCCGCUGUACGAUCUGUUUACGGUUGGUGAGGUUCUGGGUGACAUGGAGUGGCCCUACUUUGCGUACGAAGGAAGCUUGACGACGCCACCGUGCUCGGAAACGGUGCAGUGGAUAGUGGCUAGCGAGAGGCGACCGUUGACCAGAAGCGAACUAAAGGUGAUGCGAACCCUCAACGGAAGGGGCGGAGAUUGGGUGCAAACGGCGAGGCCAACGCAGGCGUUGAAUUUCAGAAGGGUUUUCAUAUAUUGA